CGUCGACGACCCGGUGUAACUUUCACGGUGAAUAGUGAAGACUUGCGCAAUAUCCUGAGGAAAAGCUGCGUCCCCACCCCAGACGAGUCAAGAUGGGGAUUUUGCAACAGAAACCUAGAAGCUUUGUUAGUCACGCAUGACCCGUAAUGUAGUGCAGGUUAGCAAGGACAGCCGCAUCACGACAAACCCAGCUGAUUACUCUGUUCGCAGCAUUAGAAAUUCCAAAACACGAUAGGAAAUGCCUGUCAACAACAUGGGGCUGCGCAUCACAAAUGUUCUUGUCAUUGCAAAUCUGCAUGACAGCUCUCAGGUGGGAACGUUUUUACACGGGAUACGCAAAAACCUCCACCUGCAGGAGCCGGAUCCUUCUGAUUAUCCGAAGGGCGAGGAUGAUAUGACAGUGCACAACUCCCCGUUCUCCUUCCCUUCAUUUGUCACGCAAGAACACCAAUCCAGUUGCUGCUUUGUGGCGCAGUGUGCAUGA